UUUUUUCAACGAAUGUAUUUUCAGCUGUUUUUCACGGUGCAUUUUUCUCUACAUCGAAGUUGAAAAUGACGCAAAUAUUAUGCUAAAUUUCUAUUUUUUCAGAAAUUCCGUUUACUUUGAAUUUUUAUGAUUAUCCAACAUUUACUUUGUGCAGUUGUAAAUCACGAAUAACUUUUGCUUUAACCUUGCUAACAUCGCUGAUUUUGCAUACAAAUACAUUUAGCGUUCUCAUUAAUUUUUAGUUCCAUUUCUGCGCUUGCAUCACGCGGAAUAAUAAUACUUUCGAAUUGUAGUCUCGGUUUCACUAUUAUUUUUGCGCAUUAUGGCUCCAAAAUUGUACGUUGUACUAGGGGUUUUGGCGGUUUUGAUCGCUGAGAAUGCAUACUGUGAUUGUCCAGACGGUUCUACACCAAGUCCUUCUACACCUCCAACUAGUCCUUCUACGCCACCGACUAGUCCGUCUACACCUCCAACUAGUCCUUCUACACCUCCGACCAGUCCUACACCACCGACAAGUCCGACUCCUCCAACUGGUACACCACCUCCAACUGGUACACCACCUGCGAAUGGUACACCACCCGCGAAUGGCACACCACCCGCAAAUGGCACACCACCCGCAAAUGGCACACCACCUGCGAAUGGCACUCCACCCGCUAAUGGCCCUGCUCCUGCAAAUGGCGCACCAGCUGCUGCAAUUAUCCCCGCUGACAAAUAUCCUAAAGCUAAAAGAGACGAAUCAAUACAAGACACAUAUGCCGGUGGCGUCAAGGUCGCUGAUCCAUACAGAUGGUUGGAAAAUCCGGAUUGUCCCGAAACAAAGAAAUUCAUCGAAGAGGAAAUGGCCAUCACUAAGCCUUACUUGGAGGGCUGCCCAUUUCGCGCUGAACUGCAGGCUCGUUAUAAAGAAUUAAACGACUAUCCUAAGUACUCGGGUCCUUUCCAGAAAGGCAAACAUUUCUUCUCUUUCCGAAAUACUGGUUUACAGAAUCAAGACGUACUUUACAUAGCAGACUCAAUGAAAGACGAAGGUAAAGUAUUUCUGGAUGUGAACGCACUCAGCAAAGAUGGCACUGUUGCCUUAGGUGCUUACACCUUUACUGACGAUGGAAAACUUUUUGCAUAUGCGCUGGGUUCCAGUGGAUCUGACUGGAGAACGGUCCAUUUCAAAGAUGUUGAAAAAGGCACUGAUUUCAAAGACAAGUUGGAAAAGGUUAAAUUUUCAGACUUACCAUGGUCAAAAGACGGUAAAGGAAUAUUCUACGCGGCUUUCCGUGAUCAGAAAGGAAAAUCAGAUGGUUCUGAAAAUGAUGAGUCUCAGAAUCAAAAAAUAUACUAUCACGCGCUGGGAACCGAACAGUGUAAUGACUUGGUGAUCGCAGAAUUUCCAGAUCACCCAGAUUACUUUGUCGGAGCUUCUGUGAGCGACUGCGGUAAAUACGUGGUCGUGACUGUGGAUCAAGGCUGUGACAAUAAUUUAGUUUAUGUGGCAGACAUAAGUCAAGGAGUCAAAGCUAAACCAGAACUUAAACAGAUUGUCACAAAAAUGGAAAAAAAUUACUACUUUGUUGGUAACAAUGAAAACCAAUUCAUUUUCCAAACUAACAAAGACGCCGAUAAUUAUAAAGUGAUCACCAUCGAUAUCAACAACCCGGAUCCUGGAGCAUGGAAAGACCUCGUAGCUCAAGAUGAAAAGAAUAACUUGGAAUGGGUCUCUGCAGUGCAUGAUAAAUACAUGGUUUUAUCCUACACUGAAGAUGUGAAGACUGUUCUGCAAUUACACGACAUAAACACUGGUAAAAUGAUCCAGAAAUUCAAACUGGAAAUUGGUACAGUUAACUCAUGCUCAUUUUUCGGAGAUAGGAAAACGCCACAUAUAUUUUUCAACUUUGAAUCAUUUCUUACACCUGGUAUCACCUAUCAUUGCGAUCUAUCUAAACAAUCGUUCGAUCUUGAGGUCAUCAAUGAAAUAAAACUGAAAAAUUUUGAUCGUGAACAAUUCACUGUGGAACCUUUGUUCUACCCCAGCAAGGAUGGAACUAAAAUACCCAUGCAUUGUGUUUAUAAAAAAGGCCUCAAAAAGGAUGGAAAUAAUUUUGCCUUCAUGUACGCUUAUGGUGGAUUUGGAAUCAGCAUAUUACCAUACUUCGUCGUAAAUCGUUUAGUGGUCAUAAGUAACUUCGAUGGUGUACAUUGCGUAGCAAAUAUCAGAGGAGGAGGAGAAUACGGUGAAAAAUGGCAUAAGGAAGGUUCAUUAGAGAAAAAACAAAACUGUUUUGAUGAUUUUCAAGCCGGCGCAGAGUUUCUAAUCAAAGAAAAAUACACCAGUAGUAAAUUACUGGCCGUAAAUGGAGGUUCAAACGGUGGUCUUUUAAUGGGUGCCUGUCUUAACCAGAGGCCAGAUUUAUUCGGCGCCGUGGUCGCAGACGUUGGCGUUAUGGACAUGUUACGAUUUGACAAGUUUACCUGUGGACACGCUUGGGUAACUGAAUACGGUUCAUCGUCCGAUCCUAAAUUCUUCCCUAUUUUGUUCAAAUACUCUCCCUUACAUAACAUAAAAAUCCCCGAAGGAUGUGACAAGCAAUAUCCUGCCACCAUGCUCACAACUUCAGACCAUGAUGAUCGAGUUUCACCUCUACAUACUUUGAAAUUCGCCGCUUCAUUACAAUAUGAAGCUACGAAACAUCCCAAUCAGAAAAAUCCAUUUAUAGUGCGAGUGGAUAUUGAUGCUGGUCAUGGUUGCGGAAAGCCGCUAGAGAAAAAAAUGGCUCAACAUAUAGAUAUGAUGAGUUUUAUUGUUAUCAACACAGGAAUUCAGUUCAAACCGUUCACUUGUUAAUUAAAUGACUGAUCCCAUGCAUGUACAUAUUAUGUAGAUAAAGAUAUAUUUCCUCAACGAUUUAUUCAUUCUCGAAGAAACGGAAUUGGAAGGGAAAAUAUAAGUAAUCGACCUUGUAUCAGGAAAUUAGGUAACGGGUUAUUGAACAUAUGAUCCAAUCUGAAACUAGCAUUCUAUUGAUGCGUUGAAAGUUGAAACUUAUGGCAUGGCCUCGCCUCCUGGUUCAAGAAAGAUCAUAUUUUCCCUUCCAUUCAUUUGCAUAUACCCGAGUGUUUUUGCCUCUUGUCUCCCUGGCUACGAAAGUACGGAUACAAUUGCCUUUAGAUAUUUAUAUAAGAGAAUAAUCACUAGCAUAUUAAAUUGAGUUGUAGUCUAUUUUUCCAAAUACAUGGUGCUAUAAUUCAACAAAUAUUGAAAAAUGUUAU